AUGUCGUAUUCUCCAUCGCCUCAACCACCGCCCCGACGGUACAAUUCCACGUUGAACGUGGACACGGUGGAUGGAGUUUAUCGACCCGCGCAGCAAGUGUCACCGUUGACCAAGGUGAGCUCGAGAAAGAACGUUUGUUCAAAGAUCUCUGAGCAGCUCGACGAAAGAGUUUUAAUCCUAGAGCAAACAGAGCUUGCCUCUAGUACAGUAAUUCGUUAUUUUCCUUCCAGCAAGUGAAUCAUUUGGCGUAUGAGAUUCCGAAGAACAAGUACGCCAACAAUCCAUGGAACUAUGCCCCCGAGUUUUUGAAGGUACGAGAUUCUAGUACGGAUGUAAUUCAAACCGUUUUUGCAGGUUUUCGGUGACUUGCGGAUUCACAUCGGCGGAAAGGCCGUCUUCGACUGUGUUCUGUUGGGAAGUCCCCGUCCGAGAGUGAGUCAGAAGCAAUCCCACGUGAAAAUUCGGCCACGGCCGCGACAUAGAUGCCAGAUUUUUCAAAUCUUUGCUCUUUUUCAGGUAUGCUGGCUGUUCAACGAGGACAAAAUGCGUUUCAGUGACGUCAUCAUCGAGGAUACGGCCGACGUGUGCCGCCUCACGAUUCCAUACGUUCAGAUGCACCAUUUCGGUGAGUUUGGGUCCGAUUACUGCUGAACUUCCGAGCUUUCAGGAACGUUCACAGUUUUGUGCGAGAACGAGGUGGGCCGGGCGACUGCUCAAGCCGAACUGAUGCCACUUUAUGAGUAA